CAACCACGCCACAACGGCAAUUGCAUUACAUUAUACUGGUCCCUAACGCGAAUAGAACAUCAUCUGACACGCCAACUGCUCCACGCGUCAUCGUUUCCCUCUUUGCUAGAGCUAAACCGACGAGCUCCCCGGCAGAUCUUUAUCUAUUUUCGUUGUUGUUACUGCACUCACUACUAUGCCGUCCAUCGCUAGGCACAUCGUGGGUGGCAACGAGCCAUCGUUGGUCUCGCGCAUCGCCCUGAAUCCCAUUUUUACCGGCGCCGUUGUUAUUCUUCUCCGAGGCGUCCCGGAACAUGUCCGCAAUAAUCUUCUAGCGCGCCUGUCCAUCUCGGCCAAGCACGAUCUCUCACUGCCGACAACGCUCGCAACAGCCCUAUUUGCGUUUAGCGUCGCGCGCUGGUUUAAUGCUAAACUGAGCGAUGUGUCUGCGAAUGCUGGCCGCUGGAGUACCCCCAAGGGUUGGCAUUGGCCCAAGGAAAUCGCUCUCGUUACUGGCGGUUGCAGCGGCAUAGGCCAGUGCAUCGUAGCCAACCUCGUUGCCAAAGGUGUCCGCGUCGCCAUCUUGGAUGUUCAGGAGCUUCCGGCACCGUUUCAAAAGAACCCCAAAAUCCGCCUCUACAAAUGUGAUAUCACAGAUUCAGAAGCUGUCGCAGCUGCCGCAUCUCAAGUUCGCAGCGAUCUUGGGCAUCCUACGAUUCUCAUCAACAAUGCUGGCAUUACCAAGUCGCAUGGGAUUCUGGAUGCGCCACAAGGCGAGGUCGAUAAAAUCUUUGCUGUCAACACCAUAUCGCACUGGAUCACGGCCAAGGAGUUUGUUCCCAACAUGGUCAAGACCAACCACGGCCAUAUUGUCACUAUUGCCUCUGUAGCAUCCUUUGUCGCGCUGCCCAAGUUUGCCGAAUAUUCCGCGACCAAGGCGGCAGCGUUGUCCUUCCAUGAGUCGCUUACUGUAGAGCUGAAGCAUAUCUACAAUGCACCAAACGUCAUGACAACGGUGAUUCAUCCCAACUUUGUAUCCACGCCGCUUAUUUCCAAUAUCGAGGACGGACUCACCAAGCAGGGCGUGCCACUGCUUACCCCCGAGUUUGUGGCUACCAAGGUUACCAACCAAAUAUUUAGCAAGCGGGCUGGACAAGUCAUCAUUCCCCAGGGAUCUACUGCCGUUAGCGGCAUUCGCGCCUGGCCAGUGUGGUUACAAAAUACGCUUCGCGACUUUAUUGGCAAACGGCACGCAGCUCUUACUGCGUAGUGGCAGUUAGUAAUUAAACCCCUUCUUUAUUAUACAGCAAUAUUGAUGUCAAGAACCAGAAUGUAAUAAAUUUCUCAAUAAUGAUUUUGUGCGACUUGACUCUAUGGUAUUGUUCAUAUAACCGAUGCUUGAUGCUCUUCAGUACAGUACUUGCGUCAACGACCGCCGUAUUUUCUCAAGCAGAAGAACACAGGAUAUCGAUAUUUACAUAUACAAAAAAGAUGAAGCAUCUGAAUUUCUUCACCUGUUAUCGCAAAC